AUGGCCGCACCCCUUAGUCCUCUUCCUUCGCCCAUCGGCAUCGUACCUUCCUGCAUCGCUACUUCAACUACAACAUUGUCUAUCGGCCCAGACGUCCAGCGGAUCGACAAGUGGUUUUGGAACGCAAACGUUGUACCUCCAGAUCUCGACUCAUCCAAUGAACCUGUUAUCGAGAAGCUUACGUCUUCACCCGAGAAAGCGAAAAGCUCUCGGCUAUUCCCACCGAGUCGAGUGUACGUCAAAGACAGUAAUGGCAUCGUCCUUCUCCAGAUAAGGCGAUCAAGAUGGAGGGGAAGAUGGGUAUACAGACUGAACGUACCUAUUGAAACUGGCUACAAGCUAGUCGGAACUUCCGCUUCGGCCACGUACAGAGUAACGACCUUUUGGAGAUUGAAGUUCGACGUGACCAUAGACAACUUGGCUGGCGAUGGCAACCCGGUCACCCUUGAGAUACGUCGGCCGAACAAAAAGGACAAUCCCGCCAAUAGUUACCUACAUGUCAUAGUCGCCGGAAACAUCGCCAUGAGGCUGACGACGACGAGGCAUCCAGGCUCCUUUCUGGUUGGGAGAUGGAACGCUGAGGUUGCAACAGGGUUCGACACGACUUUGGCCGUAGUUAUUGUUACUAUACUGGAGAUCUGGCACGGAGAACGACAAUCAGCUACUCGCAACUCAUCUCUCAACACAUCUCUUACCUUGACAUUGGCCGCGUCCAUGCUGCUCAUCUGA